UCUGCGGUCCACUCCCACUCCCACUGAUGCCGCGUCUCUCCCAGGACACAAACACUUCACGGAGCAGCAUCACAACUUGAACUGAGAGAGCGAUCCUGAGUGUUCCCGUGGAGAUCCAAGUGGACUGUCCACCCUGAGAGGAAGAAGAAGAGGAGGAAGAAGAAGAGGAGUGUGUGUGUGGGGGGGUGUCCUCUGAAGUUAUCCGCAGGUGCAACACGGACGGCAGCGCGAGCGUGGGAAGUUGUCCGUUCAUCACACGUUCACGGUUUGUGGAAAGUUAUGUUUGUGACAGUGGAUACCACCCACACCUGCACCAUGUUAAGGAGAGCCGGGGAUUUCUGUGUGCGUGGAAAAUGACUGCAACCAGCACCGACCUUUGCAUUAUGGUGAGGAGAUGUCUUCUCACUUUCAAACCGUUCAGGCUCUUUAUUUUGGGGAUUGGCUUCUUCAGUUUGUUCUUCCUAAUGACAUCUCUUGGGGGUCAGUUCGCGGGCAAGCGACCCGGAGAUUCUCCCUUCACUGUACGAGCAGAAGUACUUGGCGGUCAGGAAUCGCGAGGGGUGCUGAGGAAAAUCAGUGACACACUGGAGGUCAUUAUGAAGAGGAUGGAUGCUCUGUCUAAACUGGGAAACACCACCGACACCCACAGGCUGGAUGAGCUCAGCUCGGCCCUUGACAGGAUCCAGCCUAUGGGGCUAGUGGAGCGCAUCCAGGCCAUAGCCCAGAACAUGUCUGACAUGGCGAUGAGGGUGGAGCAGAUCCUCCAGCGCAGCAUGGCCGGCAACAGAGCCAGGGAUGGAGUAUUAGGACAAUGUGAGAUUCCUAAAGAUCCCCGUUACCCAGACUGCUCCAGCAAGAUGGAUUGGAUGCGGGCUCGUUGGACAUCAGACCCUUGCUAUGCUUUCUACGGGGUGGACGGAUCGGACUGCUCCUUCCUCGUGUACCUGAGCGAGGUGGAGUGGUUCUGCCCCCCACUGGCCUGGAGGAAUCAGACCGCUACGCCUACAAUGAAGCCACCACCCAAGAGACAGGCUGUUUUCCAGUCUGACAUCGGGACUCUGUUGGAGCAGGUUGGCACUGGGAAGGAAUCUCUGAGCUUCAUGAAGAGACGUAUGCGUCGACUGGCAGCCCAGUGGGCUUCUGCUGCUCGACGGCUGGAUGACAAGCUCCGCAACCACUGGAGAGAGCAGAAGAGGAUUCUAGUCCAUGUGGGCUUCCUGACAGAGGAGUCUGGGGAUGUUUUCAGUCCCAAGGUGCUGAAGGGGGGUCCUCUGGGAGAGAUGGUGCAAUGGGCUGACAUUCUCACUGCCUUGCAUGUGCUUGGACAUAACCUCAAGAUCUCAGUGUCUCUGAAGGAGCUGCACGGGUUUUUGGGAGUGCCUCCAGGAAGAGGAAGCUGCCCUCUGACAGGACCUCUGCCCUUUGACCUCAUCUACACCGACUACCACGGCCUCCAGCAGAUGAAACAGCACAUGGGUCUAUCACUGAGGAAGCACAAGUGCCACUUCCGAGUGAUUGACACUUUCGGCACAGAGCCUGCGUACAACCAUGAGGAGUACGCCACCGUGCACGGCUACAGGACCAACUGGGGCUACUGGAACCUCCACGGCCAGCAGUACAUGACCAUGUUCCCCCACACUCCAGACAACUCUUUUAUGGGUUUUGUGGCGGAGGAGCUGAAUGAGACAGAGCGACUGAACAUUCAGCGGAACAAGGUUAACAAUAUGGCUGUUGUGUACGGCAAAGAAGCCAGUAUGUGGAAGCUUCAAGGUAAGGAAAAGUUCCUGGACAUUCUGCAUCGCUACAUGGAGAUCCAUGGAACGGUGUACUAUGAGACACAACGUCCUCCAGAGGUGCCCGCCUUUGUCAAGAACCAUGGUCUGUUGCCUCAGCAGGAACUGCAGCAGCUCCUUCGGAAAGCCAAGCUUUUCAUCGGUCUUGGUUUCCCAUAUGAGGGACCUGCUCCCCUGGAGGCCAUCGCUAAUGGCUGCAUCUUCCUGCAACCCAAGUUUAAGCCCCCACACAGCUCUCUCAAUCAUGAGUUUUUCAGAGGGAAGCCCACCUCCAGGAAGGUGGCCUCUCAGCAUCCUUAUGCGGAGCAGUACAUCGGCAGGCCACAUGUCAUCACUAUCGACUUCAAUAACUCCGAGGAGUUUGAUGCAACCAUCCGUGAAAUCAUGAAGAUCAAUGUGGAGCCGUUCUUGCCCUACGAGUACACAUGUGAGGGGAUGCUCGAGAGAGUUCAUGCCUACAUUCAGAACCAGGACUUCUGUUCCCCCCGAGCGCCGUUUCCUCCAGUAAACUCAUCCAGAACUUGGCAGGGCAGUCCCCCCAGCCCUUUCAUCCUCCUGCCCAACUCCAGCAUCCUCGCCUGGGCCUCCAACGCCUCCUCCUACCCAUCCUGGCCUCCCCUCAGUGCUUUACGGCUUUUAGCUUCACAGGAGGGCCAGUCAUGUGUGAAGGCAUGCCAGAACACAGGACUGAUCUGCGAACCUGCCUUGUAUCGUUACAUCAACAUUAAGGAGGCAUUUAACGCGCUGGACUUCCAUUGUGAGGGAGUGGAGUCAGAGAUGAACCACCUCUUCCCUGCCUUCUCGGUGGAGCACGCUGAAUGUGGCCUACAGCAGGACCCACUGCUGUUCAGCUGUGCCGGCUCCAGCGCCAAAUACCAGCGCCUUUGCCCCUGCAGGGACUAUCGGGUCGGCCAGGUGGCUCUGUGCAAAGACUGUCUAUGACCAGUGGGAGAACUGGUGGACGGAGACUAUUUUCUAACAGUUGGUGAGAUCCAGCCUGACCUGAGGAGUUUUGUUGUAAAAUGCUGUAAUACAUAAAUGACACAAGAGAGACUGUACCACUGUACUUCUAAUGUGGGACUCAGUGUCAUUGUGCAAAAUCCUCCACAUUGUGGCUGCCAAAGCAAGUCAACUAGUAAUACCUCUCAGGGAAAAUGCAUGAUUGUACUCUCGAUCUGGUGGGUUUGAAGCCUUGGUUUAAAG